CUACAAACAAAUCCAAUAACAUCCUUGCGCCAAGCUGGGGCAACUACGGCGUAAUGCAUGCAAGUCACACCUUGCGGGGUCGUUGCAACAGUCGUUCGCUACCUUCGGCACAAAGGGCAGAUAGAGGCAGUACCUGCAUAACUUCAAUAACUUCUUGUUUUUCCUUUUAUUUGUUGUAUGAGCGUGCUCGUCGUUUGGCGGGACUCUGCUCGACGUCAAUACGCUACGCAAAUACAGCACCUGAGGCCUACCGAUAUACGUUGUUUUCUGCGACCUAAUCCUUUAGGCAAAGGCUUUACUUGGAACAGAAGAUUCAGCGUAGGAAAGGACGAGAGGGAGACCAGUCCAUCUUCGCAGCAUUCUGUUUGUAGUGUUUAAGUAAGCAUGUUUCAGUAAUCCCAGACAGUUAUACAUGCUUAUAAACGUUUGGCUCAGCUUUGCGGCCUCGUGCCCUCCUUCGGUGUAACCUGCUCCGCGGGACUGCUCCAUUGUUCUGUCGGGGCUGGUGGCCAUGCCGCGCGAGCUGGUGACCAUCCAAGUGGGGCAGUGCGGCAACCAGGUGGGGUGUCGCUUCUGGGAGCUGGCGCUGCGGGAGCACGCGGCAUACAACACAAAGGGCGUCUACGAUGAGGCGCUCAGCAGUUUCUUCCGCAAUGUGGAUACGCGUGUGGAGCCCCACAGGAACCUGCCGGUGGGGGACGGUCGGGGCGCCAUCCGAACACUCAAGGCCCGAUCUGUGAUCGUGGACAUGGAGUGCGGCGUCAUUAACGAAAUGCUCAAGGGCCCCCUGGGUGAGGUGCUCGACACCCGGCAGCUGGUGUCUGACGUCAGCGGCGCCGGCAACAACUGGGCACACGGGCACCACCUGUACGGCCCGCAGUACCACGAGGCCAUACUGGACAAGAUCCGCAUCACGGCGGAGGACUGCGACUCGCUGCAGAGCUUUAUGCUGCUCCACUCUCUGGGCGGCGGCACUGGCAGCGGUGUGGGCACCUACAUAGUGCAGAUGCUGGCGGACGAGUUCCCUGGCGUGUUCCGUUUCACGGGCAGCGUGUUCCCCUCCGAGGACGACGAUGUGGUGACCUCGCCCUACAACGCGCUGCUGGCGCUGGGGCAGCUGGUGGAGCACGCGGACUGCUGCCUGCCGGUGGAGAACCAGGCGCUCAUUGACAUCGUGAACCGGGGCGAGACGGCACGCGAGCGGGCGGCAGGCGGUAGCCUCAGCGCACCUGCCGGGACGUCCGCCGGUGCCACCUCCUCCACUUCCUCCUCCUCCGCCGGUCCCGGCAAGUCCAACAAGCCCUUUGACGGCAUGAACGGCAUCGCCGCCAGCCUGCUGCUGCACCUGACCGCCAGCGUGCGCUUCGAGGGGCCCCUCAACGUGGACCUGAACGACAUCACCAUGAACCUGGUGCCCUACCCGCGCAUGCACUUCCUGCUCAGCAGCAUGAGCCCGCUGCAGCCGCCGCCGCGGGAGAGGGAUGUGGGCAGGCAGGCGCUGGCGCUGCAGCCGCGAGCACUGGACCAGGUGUUCGGCGAGGUGUUCAGUCGGGAGCACCAGCUCAUUCGGGCCGACCCGCGCCACGCCACCUACCUGGCAUGCGGCCUCAUCGCGCGCGGCCACACCGCCACCAUCGCCGACAUCAACCGCAACAUCGCCCGACUGAGGCCGCAACUCAACAUGGUGCACUGGAACAGCGAGGGCUUCAAGCUGGGCAUCUGCAGCACCCCUCCCGUGGGCUCCCCCUUCGGUCUGCUGUGUCUGGCCAACAACACCGCCAUUGCCUCCACCUUCGGCACCAUGAGGGAGCGCUUCGAGAAGCUGUACAAGCGCAGGUUCUACACCCACCACUACGAGCAGUACAUGGAGCUGGGCGGCUUCGAGGAGGCGCGCGAGUGCGUGGCCGACCUCACCCGGCAGUACCAGGCGCUGGAGGGGGCCACGGGGGCACCCGCCGUCACUCGGCUGAGGCCGCGAGGACUGUCGUUCCUGCCUUGACGGGUGGCGAGGGUGGGGAGGAGGAAGGGUGGCUGGGUGCAGCAGAGGGAAGCCUGCGAGCGUGGAACUGCUUGAAGCAGUGUCUCUGUUUGGAGCGAGGAGGGGUUCCGGGUCAAGCGAUAGUACCGGUAGUAGUGCGUGGGCUGAGGCAGAGGCGGUUGUGUUGGGUUUUUUGGGCAUGGUGUGAACCAUGGGUCGCGAGGUGUGUGCUGUAGAAAGGACGCCACUUGGAUGCCACAAGCAAUGCACGACACGUGUUACGGUAACAAUACUUGAUGCUUUGGACGGAUCAUAACGCAUGAGUGGUGUAGGGAGACCUGCAAUCCAAUGAACGGGAACGGCAGUGGACGGCGCGUGUCAGCAUCAGGGGGUGCUUGGGGACCCACUGUCACAUAUGACCCGACAGUGAGCUGACCUUGUCGUUACAAGGUCAAGGCCUGAAGCCUCUCGAUCCAGGCGCAUAAGCGCCAACAUAUGGCUAGGCACAAAGCGCGUUCCAAGCCCCAACCCAACGGCACACUGCGUGUACACACACUGCGUGAAGCCAUCCAACAAUGUCCACGUCGUUGCAACCCGCGCAACAACCUACAACAGCGGGCACAGCACACAG